CGCUCCGCCAACAGCCCGGCCGGUCGCCGGGGGCUCUGAGAGCCGGGCUGGACCCGGGGCCGGCAGCGGGGCUCGGGGCUCGAACCCCGCGGACGGGCCGCCUCGGGGCGCAGCGUCCUGGGCUGGACCGUGCGCUCCGCGCCCCGCCUGCCGCAGCGCCCCGGCCCAGCGCGGAGCCGAGCUGCGGGAGCGACACCGGCCCCCUCCGGGACCCCGGCUCCCAGGGUGAGAAGUACGUGGUGCUGAAGCGAGGCUACCAGGAAGCGGCGCCUGGCCUGCUGGCCGGCAUGGCCCUGUGGGAGGGCCGGCGGGCAGGGCCAGCUGAAGGGCCUGCAAUGCCCCACAUCCUGGUCACUGACGUCAGUGCUUCGUCUCCUGGGGGGCAGAGCCCUGCAGCCUGGGGCAGCCUCGAGGGGGCCCCUGCGACAGCCCCCAACCCACAGCCUGAGCCAGAGCCCCCAAGAGCGGCAGAGGAGGAUGCAGAGAGCGUCUCCAAGCCUGCGUCGGAUCAGGACGCCUCCGAAGAUGGAGGGAGCAGCCUGGGCUCCAGCCCUGUGGCGCUGGACCUGGUGGAGAAGGAGUGGCUGCAAGGGGCGGCCAGUGGGCACCUGCUCACCCUGAGUCACCUGCUCAAACAGGAGCCAUCCCUGGCCACCAGGAAGGACUUCACCUCGGGGGUUUUGGCUGCCGUCCCCCACGUUGGACCAGUGCCGUGCUGGCUCUGGGGGCCCCGUGCAAUGCUUCUAACACGUCUCCUUCUCUGCCCGACCCUGCUGCCCGUCCCUGCUGGCGCUGCCACCCAUCUCGGCCGGGAGCAGUUUACAGCGCUGCACUGGGCGGCCAAACACGGCAAGGAGGACAUGGCCUCACUGCUGGUGGCUGCAGGUGCCGAUGUCAACAUGCGAGCGCACGGCGGCUACACCCCCCUGCACAUUGCCGCACUGCAUGGGCACCGCCAGGUCAUGGACCUGCUCGUCCGGAGCUACGGUGCCAAGCAGAACGUGCGGGAUUACAGCGGGCACCUGGCCAGGCACUACCUGAGAGCAGAGAAGCCCCUGGACAGAGCUGCCAUGAUGCCCCAGCUGCCAGCAGUGCACGGCAGGAACAGGGUGCUGGCCUGCCUGCUCUUGCCCAAGGGCCAGGCCCGGAAGCGCUGGGGCUCUGCCGAGGACCUGAUGGAGGAGGAGGAGCGGGGGCAGGCGCAGCACCUCACCGUGCCAGACUCGUACCGCACCGUGCGCAAGUUCUCCCGCUAGUGGGGCCGGCUCCCGGCCCCUGCCAGCCCCGGCCCCAGUCCCACCCGCAGCCGGGGGGCUCAGGCUGCCCCGAGCGCGCAGGGUCUGGGGAAGGGCAGUGGAUGGGCCCUGCUAGCGACUGCCGGGCCGGAGCAGGGCCAAGAGGCGCCAUGUUUCCCAAAGUUCAUACUAACACAGCCCCUCCCCCUAUCCAGAGCCCCCCCAGUCCUGACCUGCAGCCCCUGGUGAUUCCCGUGUCCGCCGUGGUGCUGACCAUCACCCUCGGUGGUGGGGCUCGCUCGGGUACAGCCCGGCUGCACCUCGCCCCUGCCGCACUCUGCUUUUUUCUAAUGGAUCCUGACACUGAAAUAAAACACUACGUGCA